AUGACUGACAAGGAGCACUUGGCUGCUCGCCACGGUGGAAGCCACCGAUCUUUGGGCCGCGAUGUGCGCAGCCGACACGGUGCGACCACCUUUCCCAGUCUCAUCGAUGCUACUUGCGAGGACCUCUCCAGUGGCCUCGAGAGGCGCCUGUUUACGAGUGUGGAGCUUACGUACCUCGCGCGCAUCGAGCAGGUCAACGACAAGGUGCACUGUGUCACCGAGAUCAACCCGGACGCUCUGGAGAUUGCUGCCGAGCUGGACAGGGAGAGGGCGGCUGGGAACAUCCGAGGGCAGGUGGCAUGUCCCCGUGCCGGGUCGUGGAUCCUCUACGGAGCCAAAGUCCCUCGCGAUGCCGGAGUGGUCACCAGGCUCCGCGCGGCCGGGGUUGUCAUUCUCGGCAAGACAAACAUGUGUCAAUGGGCUGGCUAUCGCUGCAAGAAGCCCAGCAGCGGGUGGUCCGCGCACGGCGGGCAGACGUUCGCCCCUUACUACGAGUCUCAGGAGCCCUGCGGCAGCUCCGGCGGCAGCGCCGUGGCCGUCGACUUGGGCCUUGCGUUCGCCGCGUUGGGGACUGAGACGGACGGGUCCGUCGUGUGGCCGGCGCAAAGGAGCGGCGUCGUGGGGAUCAAGCCGACCGUCGGGAUGACGUCGCGCGACAUGGUGGUGCCGAUAUCAGAGCGGAUGGAUUCGGUCGGGACGAUUGCACGCACCGUCCGGGACGCCGCGUACGCGCUGCAGGCCAUCACCGGGCCGGACCCGAACGACGGCUACACGGCACUUGUCCCAACGACACCAGACUUGGUGGCGGCGUGCAAGGAGGACGCGCUUCGAGGCUCCAGGAUAGGGGUCCCCUGGAAUGUCAUCAAGGGGCAAAACGAGGACAAGAGAUGGGACGUCGAAAUAGAUGGCUUCAGGAAGGCUCUCGAGGUUCUCGAGAAGAAUGGAGCAACCAUCAUCGAGGUCGAAUUCAGUGCCAAGAUGGAGGAGCUCCGCGAGGUCGAGUACACGGUCAUGGGGGCAGACUUCAUGUCCAGUCUCGCCCGAUACUUUGCAGACCUGAGCGUCAACCCGAGCGGCGUCGGCACGCUCGCCGAGCUGCGCGACCUCACGCAGAAGCACCCCAAGGAGGGCUUCCCCGAGAAGAACACGGCGCACUGGGACGACGUGCUCGCGCAGGGGUGGGACAACAGCGACGCGCGGUUCGCGCCGGCGUGCAAGCGGCUCCUGGAGCUGGGCGGGCCGCAGGGCCUGCUCGGGGCGCUGGACCGGCACGACCUCACGGCGGUGGCGAUGCCGACGACGCUGGCGGCCGAGUGGACGGCCGUGGUCGGCGCGCCGAUGGUGACGGUCCCGAUGGGCCACUACCCGGCGGGCGCGGAGGUGGUGCGCCUCGAGGACGGCAUUGUCGACACGGCGCCGGGGGUGCCGUACGGCCUGAGCUUCCUGGGGAGGCUGUGCUCGGACGCGGACCUGGUUGGGUUGGCGUACGCGUUUGAGCGGGAGACGAGGGUGCGCGAGCGGCAGACGGUGAGGCGGUGGGUGACGGCGGACGAGGAGGAAGCCAGCGCCUCCCCCCGUCCGGAGCAGCAGCAGCAGCAGCAGCGCAUCGAGAGCCUCCGUCACCGCCGUCGCGACAUCUCAGACUGCUGCGGGCACGACGUCGACGCCGACCACGAGCGCGAGCAAUCGCCGCCGCCCCAGUAUCCCGCCUCCGAGGCGUCCUCCUCCUCCCGUCCGCCGCCCUUCUCGUCGCUCUUUGCCCCCUUUCACGACGCCGCCGCCGCCUCUUCUUCCGCCGCAGCAACCAAGUUUGCCGCGUCCGCGAGCGCAGAAGCCAGUGCCUCCGCCCCGGCCUACAGCUACGCCGCCACCGCCUGCCCCGACUCGGAGCCUUUCGAUCCGGACCAGGCCGCCGCGAGAGCGUUCCGCGACCCCGUCGCCGAGACCAAGAGCGUCCUCCCGCGAGAUACAAAGGGAGAGUCCAGUCGAAAGGACGACGACGCAGAACCGCCGCCGGCGUAUUCGGAGGGCGAUAGUCCUCUCCACUCGUUUUCGUUCGUCAUGUCUGCCGCCGGAGGAGCUGCGAGUAUCAUUACUCAGGUGCAGCAGGGUGGACCGCCCAUCAAUGCCAUUGGAGAUGUUGGCGCCGACGAGACCAUUGCGAUGGAUUUGAGGGGUACCAGAUUCGUCCUAUCGAGGGAUGAGCUACUGACGCUGCCCGAAUUUGUGCUGCUCUCGUUGUUCCCGAACGGCUUGUUCCCCGAGGGACACAUGAACGGCUUCUCCGAGAAUGACGCCGUUCAGGUCGACUACGAUCCGGCGUCGCUGCAGUAUAUGCUCGACUUCUUCCGCAACGUCGCCCAGUCCAUCCCUUCGGAGUCGUCGCCCAGCACGUCGCAGGACGGCGAUGCAAUGGACUCCCUGGGGUCUCGAGAUGACUCCGCCAAGCGCGCGGGCAUCAUUGUGCUGCGCGAGGACCUUGACUUCUACGCAAUCCCCCCGAGCGCCGACAUCAGUCAGCCUGACAUGAUCGAAGUGAAGCGCGCAGCCGCAAAGGCCCUGCAGCAGCAAGACGGAAUUUUUUCGGGACUGAAGCGCAGUGACGAGCCUGGCACUACGGAGGCGCAUCUUAUUGAGAUGUUGACGGCUGGAGGCUUCAAUCACGAUGACAGAUGGGGCCACCGCGCCGGCGAGCCCAACAAGGCCGUCAUUUGCAGCCUGGCGCUCGCUCGCCUACGCAGCGACAUUCGUGGCAACGACAUGGGCACCAGUGCCGUGGGCAUGGCCCAGAAGCUGCUGCUCUUCUGGCGAAAGCCGGCCCGCCGGUGCUGGUGGGAGGGCAUCGAGCUGGACAACAUUGCUGGUGUCGAGGGGAAGCUCAAGGUUUGGAUCCGGCGGGUGUGGACGCUGGAGAUGAGCGUCAUCGGGCUGCGGUGA